UGACGUAACAGCUGGGCGGAAAGGCGACGUGAGUUACCUGUACGCGGCGUGGGCAGUUUUAUUUUAAAUUAAGGAUGGUGAGUAAAGGUGCGGGGACUGAAAUUGGGAGUGCAGCGAGCAACCACCCCGGGAAGGAGACUGCAGACAACUGGGCAGAUUCUGAGCGAAGUGUUGCUCUGCCGAAUGGUACAAGCACUAAAAUGACACCACCAACAGGCAGUGCAGGCACAGCUGCCAAUGGCACCGAAACAAACAUUGAUGCUUCUCAGGACACACUUCAUAUUAAGGUCCAACUUCUAGGAAGUGACAUCAUCGACCUUCAAUUACCUCCUCAGGAGAUGGUCCAAGAGAUUGCCCGUGUUCUGAUGGAACGUGAGGACACAUGCCAUCGAACCUGCUUCUCAAUUCAGCAUGAUGGUAAUAUUCUGGAUAACUUCGCAGAGUUGGCAAGUAUAGAAGGACUGAAGGAUGGAUCAGUUUUUCGAGUGGUUGAAGAACCGUACACCAUCCGCGAAGCUCGACUUCACAUCCGGCACAUCCAGGAUCUGUUGAAGAGUCUGGACUUGGGAGACGCCUAUAAUGGCAUUGAGUGUAACUCGCUUUCUUUCUUGAGUAGUUUCUCCGAAGGGGAUAUUGGAGAAACAUCUACGUCUGGGAAGAGGAAGAGACGUUCUGUUUCUGAUCAACCACUCGACACUGUUGAAUGUUCCCCACCAGAAUGCAUAUUGCCAGGUGCCAAAGAUCGGCCUCUGUCACUUCUACAGCCGAUGAUCAUGGAUAACAAGCAUCUGCAGUGUCUGAAGUCUCUGAUGAUGAAUGGGUGGAACCCUCCGCCUGGGAACCGUAAAAUGCGAGGAGAUCUAAUGUACCUUAACGUCAUUACUAUGGAGGACCGUCACAUCAGCAUCACUGCAUCCACACGAGGAUUCUUUAUCAACCAAUCAACGGCGGUUGAGUUCAAUCCCAAACCCGACAACCCCAACCUACUGUGCCAUUCACUGGUGGAUCUUCUCAAUCAAAUUAGUCCAAUAUUCAAGAAGAACUUUGCAGCCUUGCAGAAGAAGAGGACAAACAGUCACCCAUUUACAAGGCUCGCCACUCCGCUGCAGACCUACAGCUGGAUAAUCCCACACAAGCCACACACAAUCGACUUUGUGAGGGCAGAGAACGUGUACACCUCUCCAAUUUGUCAUGAAGAGCAUAUCUCCGGGCAGAUUCGAGACUGGAACGAGGAGCUGCAGAUUACACGGGAAAUGCCAAGUCAGAACCCAAUGCAGCAACUGAUGAAGGAACAAACAAUCUUCAAGGUGAGCAGUGAUUUUGUGGCAGCCGCUAUUUCUGGUGCGAUGGCUGUGGUUGAUGGGAGCAUCAUAGCCAUCAAUCCAGGAGAAUACAUCAAGAUGCAGAUGUUUGUCUGGAACAACAUUUUCUUCAGCUUUGGCUUUGACAUCCGGGAAAACUUUAAAGAAUCCGGCGGGGACCAUGCAGCCUAUGCAGCGUCGAGCAGUGACUUGAAGGGGAUACAGGCAUACAGUGAUGUGAAUGUGGAAGGUCUGCACCUACUGGGGACUGUUAUAGUAGAUUACCGGGGUUACCGAGUGGUAGCGCAGUCCAUUAUCCCUGGAAUUCUGGAGCAGGAGCAGGAACAGAAUGUGGUUUAUGGAUCGAUUGAUUUUGGGAAAGAUGUAACCUCUCAUCAUGAGUAUGUCGGCCUGUUGCUAAAAGCCUCCAAACCCCUUCGGAUUCAGAAGCACAUGAUUCUGAACGAAAUGGACCAACCCAUCAUGUUGUGCUCAUCUGUGGACUGCAAAGGGAUUGUGGGCAAUGAUGGGCGACGCUAUUUUCUCGACUUAUUCCGGACAUUCCCCCCAGAUCUGAACUACCUGCCAAUAGCCGGUGAAGAGUUGCACGGGGAAUGUCAAAGAUUGGGAUUCCCCAAAGAAUAUCGCCAUAAACUUUGCAGCGUACGGCCAGAAUUGGUGGAGAAUUUCAUCCAAUACAAGAACAUACAGUUUUCAGAGCUCUUGAAGGAGAAAAUGCGCAGAAGAAAGAGUUUAAUGGAGGAUGGAGAGGGCACAACAGAAACCAAUGAUUAUAUAAGUGAUGCUGAAGUGUUGAGGGCUACAUGUCAGGAGGCGGGCUCCAUCAAUGAAGGCAUCUUUGACAUUCGUUUCAAUCUAAACGUGUAUGCCCCAGAUGUAAGAUUUCCUGAGUGUGAACUGGAGUCUCUAAAAGUCCAGAAGCGACUGAUGAAGGACAUUGCAGCCUUUGUUGUGUCUGUGCAGAUUCCCAGCUUUAUCAAAGACUGCGAGGGUCAUGUCCUGAUGCCUGCAGAUGGUGCCACAAUGACGGAUGCUCUGCACAAAUACGGAAUUAACAUCAGAUACAUCGGCAAAAUAACACAGCUGAUAAGCCAGUCAGAAAACAAGCAGUACCUGGAGCAUAUCUCGAGACUGCUAAUUGGUGAAAUCAUCACUCGGGUUGCAAAGCACGUCGUAGUCCUCUACCAACAGAAUGUGGAGAUAUCAGCUCUUUCACUUGCCAUUAGUCACUUUCUGAAUUGCUUCCUGAGCUCACAUAACAAUGGUGCUGCACAUCUGCUUCCGGGCGAACUGGCAUCACGCAAGAAGAGAAACAAGCGCAAGAUGCGGAUUCCUGAGAAUGACUUGGCUUGGGCCAGCCUGACCCGCACGGAGCUGUGGAAACAGAUCAACAGUGAAGCCGUUGAAAGCUUUGACUACGCUUUGGCUUGUGACGGGGUUGAUCAGGCAGUGGACAAGUUUAGCCUGCAGAAGGUCUCACUUCUGCGCGAGUUCUGCUUAAAGGCUGGAAUUCAGAUUCUGCUGCGAGAUUAUAACUUUGACAAUCGCCACAAACCCACGUUCACAGAAGAUGAUAUCCUCAAUACAUUCCCUGUGUUCAAGCACAUCAUUGUGAAGUCGAAGGAUGCGGAGAGAGUUUAUCAGAAAGCACAAAUGAAUAUUCAGAAAGGAAACAUUAAGGACGGUUUUGAGUUAAUGAAAGAAUCUUUAAACCUUUUCAAAAAUGUGUUUGGCCCUUUGCACUUGGAUGUCUGUGCUUGCUUGCACAUGCUUGCACAGUUAAACUACAUAAUUGAUGACAUCCCUGAGGCGAUAAAGAACCAGCAAAAAGCGGUCAUAAUCAGUGAGCGAAUCCUUGGCUUUGAUCAUCCCAACACAAUUCGUGAAUAUGUCAGGCUGGGUCUCUACUGCUUUGCCAACAAUCAGAAUGCGACAGCACUGAGGCUGCUGUACCGUGCCCGGCAACUGAUGCUGACUGUCUGUGGAGAGGACCACCCUGAAGUAGCUGUUCUUGAUAUUAACAUCGGUCUUGUGCUCCAAACUGCACUGGAUUAUGACCUUGCAAUUCGAUUUUUGCAGAAAGGUCUGGAAUUAAACAUCAAAUAUUCUGGACCCCAGGCGCUACAGACUGCCCUUAGUUAUCAUCUCCUGGCCCAAGUCAACGCCAGCAAGGCUGACUUCCGAGCAGCUAUGCAGCACGAGAAGCAGGCCUACAUCAUCUACAGGGAUCGACUUGGGGAGACGCACCUUAAAACGAAAGGAAGUUCUGAGUUCCUGAAGCAUUUUACUCAACAGGCAGUUAACCUCCAGAGAACCAUGAAUGAAAUUUACAAGAAUGGAUCAAAUGCUAAUCUUUCUCCAGUACAGACCACAUCCCAGAGUAAAAAAAUGACGCUGGAUCAGCUUAAUAUAAUCAAUGGAAUUGUUCUCAUGGAAACGAGAAAAUCUGCUUUGGAAAAAGCAACUGAGCAAAUGCGGAGCCUAAUUCUGGAAGAAAUCCAUGCAUCACAGAGGUUGACCAAGUCCCUUGCUGGCAUUGGCGUGGAUGAUCAGAUACUGGUCAAUGGAAGUGAAGCCUCAGGAGAAAUUGUACAUAAUGCAGAGAAAACGCUUGGGAAAACCCUGAUCAACGACAAAGAAGAGACUGGCUGUGUGGCAUCAAAGGUUUCUGCGUAACAGUUUCUCAGGUGUCAACAAAAUGAGCGAUCGAACUUUCCAGUUAUUGCCACAAAUUCAAAUACUCUUUUGUAUCACAGCUAGAAGGAGUGAUCACAUAACUGGGUCCCUGUAAAUACUGGCAGCUGGGGUUUGAAGGCUAAUCACAGACUGGAAAUUGGAUCAUGUGACUGUUACAAUUGGAAAACUUUUUCUCUUUAAAUGACUAGAUUUUUAAUAAUUGUUUUAAUAAUCAGAUAGUGGGUUUACUAUUUCUGAACACUGAAUGUAGUUACGAAUUCCAGACUUUUGGACCCAACCUUGCAGUUGGGCAGGACUUUGCCAAAUAAUUGGUAAAAGUAUAAAAUUGUGCUUCAUAGCUGUGAAACAUCAGGACAUUGGGAAAACAGCAGUGCAGAAUAUCCACACUUUUAUAUUCUUCAUCAUAUACAAAUAAUACGUAAGAGAGGGGAGCUGGUAUGUUUCAUAAGUUUGCAGAUGACACUAAAAUUUGAUGGUAUACUAGAUUGUGAAUGUGGAUCAACUUUGAAAGUGGGCAAAGGGAAUUAAAUUCAAACGUGUGUGAAGUGAUGACAUUUGGGAUGCUAAACCGGGGUCUCGACCCAAAAACGCCCAAAAUGUCCUUUUGUGUAUUAACCAGCCAGCAACUGCAGUUUUUUUGUUUCUACACCCGGUGAAUGGCAAGAUCCUUUGUAGUAUAACUGAACAGUGAGAUCUUGGGAUAGCAAAGCAGUGACACAGGUAGACAGUGAAAAGGCAUAUGUCAUGCCUGCGCUCAUCGGCUGAGGCACUGAGUAUAGGAAUUGGGAUGUUGUGUUGCAGUUGCAGAAGUCUUGGGUCAGUACUGACAUAUUUAAUUAUUGUGUGCUGUUCUGGUGGCCACAUUAUAGGAAAGAUGUGAAUAGAGGGGGUGCAGAAAAUAUGGACAGAAAUGUUGCUGGACUGGAGCGUUUGAGUUGUAAGGGGAGGUUGGAUGCUGGGAUUGUUUCCCCUGGAACAAAAAAAAAAAGGCUGAGGUGUGACCUGAGGGGUUUAUAAAAUCAGGGACCCAGAUAAGAUGGGAUGUUCAGUAUUUUUCCAUUGGUAGGAGAAUCUUAAAUCCACAGGACAUGGGAUUAAGGUGAGAGGGGAGAUUUAAAGGAGAAUUUGUCCACACAGAAGUUGGUGGCUACAUGGAAUGAGCUACAGGAGGAAGCAGUUGAGGCAGGUAUCACAUUUAAACGACAUUGGGUCAGGUACAUGGAGAGGAAUGGUUUAGAGGGAUACGAGCCAAACACUGGCAAAUGGAAUUAGCAUAGUUUGGCAUCUUGAUCGGCAUGGAUGAGUUGGUUUGAAGAGCCUUUCUGUGCUGUCAAACCUCACUUUGAUAUACAAGAUACAAGAUAUCAAAGCAACCAAGUCUUUAACUCCCAUAAACAGCGUGUGGUAUAUUUAUUGAUUCAUUCACAUCAUGUUAAUACAGGGUGCUAAACCAAACUUACUGUCAUCGAGCAGCUAACAGAUGUGGAGAAGGGCCACAUUCUCCUCGAGGUUAAACACGGAAUUUCCCCCGUUUUUAAUAAAAUAUUUUGAAAUGCGAUUAUGAAAGUUUUCAAUUUUCACAUUAUCGCUGAUAGUUUUUGUAACUCCAGGUGGGAAACGUGCUUCUCCGCUGAUGGACUCUGCAGCAUGAUCACAAUUACCUGUUGCAGAUACAUCCAUCCAACUGUCUAAAUCUUUUGUCUAUUCAAGUUUAGCUUGCCAUUUGCUUUCAUGCGUCCAUAAGUUCAGAAUGAACAUAGACUACUGGCGUCUGGGGAAAAUACACUAGGUCCAAGGCAGAUGUUUACCAUUUUUAAUUCACCUUUUGUGCUGCUUUAUUCUAGUAUUCAAAUGUGUGCAUCAAAUCAGAAUUGCCAUUUGCAGUUUUAUUCUUGCUUUUAUUCAUGAAUCAUCUGUAAGCAUCGUUAAAUUGUGAGGAAUAUCUUUUUGUUAUGGAAUAAUUUAGUUUUUACAAAUGUUGUAAUACUGUGAUCUGUUAUUUCAGUAAUAAAAAUACAGACAUUAA